GUGAAUUGUGGAAUUGCAGAUAUAUUGUGGGGAAAACAAAUUGCACAGAAGUGGAUAUUAUUGUCAAGAUAUGUAUACCAUGAAUCUGUUCUUCAGUAUUGUCGUGAAUCUGUAAAGUUACAUGAAACGAGACCAUUUUUCCAAACAAUGGAGCAAAGAGAAAAAAGUUCAGAUACUGAGCAAGAAAUAAAAAGUGACAAACACCAUCACUCUAGCUAUUCAUCUGAUUUUGGCACUACACCACAGUCUUCUGGCCAGAACUCUCCAGCCAGUCCUUCACGUACAGAUUCUAGGGAAACAAUUGCUAAAAAACAAGUAUCAGAUAACCAAGUACAUCAACAACCUCCUAGGAAACCAAGCCCUAAGGCUGUACCAACCAAAAAGGGCAGCCGAAUGGGAUUUCGCUCCCAGAGUCUCAAUAGAGAGCCACUGCGGAAAGAUCCUGAUCUUGUUACAAAACGCGUUCUCUCUGCAAGUCUGCUAAAAAUCAGUGCGUUGCAGAAUGAAGUAUGUGAACUCCAGGUCAAGAUAGCUGAGCUGCUAAAAGAAAAUAAGGCUUUGAAAAGGCUUCAGUACAGACAGGAGAAGGCCCUGAAUAAGUUUGAAGAUGAAAAUGAAAUUGCUCAACUUAUACUUCGUCAUAACAAUGAGAUUACAGUACUCAAAGAACACUUAAGAAAAUCUCAAGAGAAAGAGCGGGCCACAGACAAGAGAGCAAAAGACACAGAAGGUGAAUUGUCUAGGACAAAGUUUUCCUUACAAAAACUGAAAAAGAUCUCAGAAGCCAGACACCUGCCUGAACGAGAUGAAUUGGCGAAGAAGCUAGUGUCAGCUGAGUUAAAACUAGAUGACACCGAGAGAAGAAUUAAGGAACUUUCAAGAAACCUUGAGCUGAGUACAAACAGUUUUCAACGUCAGCUGCUUGCUGAGAGGAAAAGGGCAUAUGCGGCUCACGAUGAAAACAAAGUUCUACAAAAGGAGCUGCAAAGGCUGUACCACAAACUGAAGGAAAAGGAGAGAGAACUGGAGAAUAAAAACAUAUAUUCUAACCGUCUGCCCAAGUCCUCUCCAAAGAAAGAAAAAGAACUUGCUCCAAGAAAAAAUGUCGCAUGCCAGAGUGAUUUUACAGACCUGUGUACAAAGGGAGUACAAACCACUGAAGAUGGACAGGAAGAAUUUUCUAUAAUACCACAGACAAUUAUGGAUUUCGAAAACAAACAGGAGGAAUCAGAACAUCAUUCUUUGACUCUGGAGUCCCCAGAGCAAGAGGAACACAAGGAACCCACCGUUCUGCCUUCACCGGUAGAGGAAGAAGAGUCUGGUGAAGAUCAAGGAGAGCCCAUCGUAGAGCAGGAGGAGGAAAAGCUGGAGAGUGAAUGGGUGAGAGAAGAGGUUGACAAAAAACAAGAUGAAAAGAUACCUUUACUAGAAACAGAAGAAAAGCCAGAGUUGGAAACUGGACAGUGCCAAAUGGAAAUAUAUCAGCUUCAACAGGUGGACAAAUUGGAAGAAGAGGAAGAAGAAGUCAAGAGGGAAAUGUUCUUUGUUAAACCGAAUGAAAUCAACAAAGAACUCCAAGAUUUUCAGACCCGGAAAUAUCAUUCUGCACCCUUGUUCCCUGAGUUGGAAACAAAACUGCGCGCCCUGGUGAGAAGCACUAAAGCAAACAUGUCCCCUGAGCCCUCUGAGAGAUCGUUCAAUGGACAUCAUUUGCAGGACAUCGGCUUUGCAACACCAAAAGGAGAUGCUCUGAAUUCAGGAAACAUUAGAAGUCCAGCAUCUCCAAAUGACUUUUCAUUUGGGAGUUACGUGCCUUCAUUUAUAAAAAUGUCAGGGAAGUCCAAUCCGUGUAGCCAAAAAAGUAGCCUUGUAGAUUUCCCAAAAGACAACACAGAUAACUCCAGUAAAGAUGGUGUGGACUUAAUCGCAAGAAAGGAGAGAAAAACUAACUUGAUGGAGCAACUAUUUGGCACCCCAUGUAGCCAAAAAAGUAGCCUUGUAGAUUUGCCAAAAGACAACAUGGAUAACUUCAGUAAAGAUGGUGUGGACUUAAUCGCAAGAAGGGGGAGAAAAGCUAACCUGAUGGAGCAGCUAUUUGGCACUAGUGCCAGCAGUGCCAUUUCCUCAAGGGGCAGCGACCCAGGCUCUCUGCCUACCAGCAGAGGGGACUGUGACCCUCUGAAUUUUUGCACAGGUGAGAAACACAUCAGGGUUAGAGAACAGGAUGAAAAUGAAGACUUCCUCCUUGGUGAAGGAAGAAAUUUUAAUCCAAAUAGACACCGAUUGAAACAUGCAAAUAAUAAGCCAACUCUGAAAGCAUUUGAUUAUGUAGAAGAUGAAAUUGAAAAUGACUGACUAUAUGGUUUUCAGUUGUAAAUAUUAAAAUAUUUUAAUACAGUAUUUAUUAUAAACCUCUAGACUUUGAAUAUUACACAUUUCUUAUUGAGGAAUGAUUUUUGUAGCUAAGUUACAGUGCAAUUAAAAAGUAGAUCAUAUUGACCCACAUCGCUAGUUUGAGAGAAUACCAGGGGCUCUUUUGAAUGAAACCAAAAAUAGAGAUGUCUCUAACAUUGUUUUGACUUUAUGAUUUUACCUCUUACGCCAGCUCUGUAGGAAGUUUGACUUCCCUGAAAGUCACCGUUCAUUUUCUACUUUUACCCCUAUUUAUUAUUGUUCAGAUUUUCACUGAGCUAACUGUUCUUUUCUCAUUGACUGUCGAGUGGAAUUGAGCGGAGCAAAU